AUGGCUCGCCGUCCCGCCCGCUGCUACCGCUACUGCAAGAACAAGCCGUACCCCAAGUCGCGCUUCAACCGUGGUGUUCCCGACCCCAAGAUCCGUAUCUUCGAUCUCGGUCGUAAGAAGGCCAAUGUUGACGACUUCCCCACCUGUGUGCACAUGGUCUCCAACGAGUAUGAGCAGCUGUCUUCCGAAGCCCUCGAGGCUGCCCGUAUUUGCGCCAACAAGUACCUUGUGAAGAUCGCCGGUAAGGAAGGUUUCCACAUGCGUGUUCGUGUGCACCCCUUCCACGUCAUCCGUAUCAACAAGAUGUUGUCUUGCGCCGGAGCCGAUCGUCUGCAGACCGGUAUGCGUGGUGCUUUCGGUAAGCCCCAGGGUACCGUCGCCCGUGUGAACAUUGGCCAGAUCAUUCUGUCCGUCCGCACCCGUGACUCCCACCGUGCUACCGCCAUCGAGGCUCUCCGCCGUGCCAUGUACAAGUUCCCUGGCCGCCAAAAGAUCAUCGUCUCCAAGAACUGGGGUUUCACCCCCGUCCGCCGCGAGGAGUACGUUCAGCUCCGCCAGGAGGGCAAGCUCAAGCAGGACGGUGCCUACGUUCAGUUCCUCCGUGGCCACGGUCUCAUCGAGGAGAACAUGCGCCGCUUCCCCGACGCCUACGAGAACGUGUCCCAGGCUUAG